GGAGCAAGUGCAGGCCAACUGUGUUCGGUGGAGGAAGCAGUUCACCUUCCCAUGCAAGAUGAGCGCCAGUGCAGGAACCGGUGUCCUGGAUCCCUGUGUGUGUCGUGUGUCUGUCAGAAAGGAGCUCAAGGGUGGAAAGGCAUAUGCAAAGCUUGGUUUUGCAGAUCUGAAUUUAGCGGAGUUUGCCGGCUCAGGAAACACCACUCGGAGGUGUCUGCUGGAAGGCUACGAUACCAAAAACACUCGUCAGGAUAACUCCAUUCUCAAGGUUAUCAUCGGCACACAGCUGAUGUCGGGAGAUCCAUGUUUCAAAACGCCCCCCUCCACAGCCACAGUGAUCGGAGUCCCUGGAGAUGGAGAGAACCUGCUGGAGGAGAGGAAGGGGGGAGACUCCCAGAAAGGUUUCUCUGGAGAGUGUCGAGAGGGGAAGUGUCCCGUUGUGUCAGAUGAGCCAGGAGGCUGCGGCCACUCCCGGACAUCCAGCUACGCCAGCCAGCAGUCCAAACUCUCAGGCUACAGCACAAGUCACUCCCGCUCCUCCAGCAUGUCAGAGUUCAGCCACCGGAGGAACCACUCGGUGGGCAGCGCCUCCACAGGCAUCGGAAGCAUUCCAGAGCCCAGCGAGGACCGGGAGUCCAGACCGCGUCCAGCUCUCCCCGAAGAACCAGUUCCCACAGCUACCACUAGCAACCAAGCCGGCACACCAGUGCGGAGUGCGUCGUCAUCCGAGCGACUGAACAGACAUCCGGUCAAACAGGACUCCAUGGAGUCUCAGCUAAAGAGGAUGGACGACACGAGGGUGGACGCAGAUGAUGUCGUGGAAAAGAUCUUACAGAGUCAAGACUUCACGCCCAGCCUGCUGGAUUCCAGCGCCGAAGAGGAAGGCUUGCGUCUGUUUGUUGGGCCAGGAGGAAGUACGGCCUUUGGAAGCCACCAUCUUCCCACCAGGGUUGGUGCUGGAGCGUACGAGCAGGUGGUGAUUAAGCGUUAGCCCUGAAGCCUCUCGUUAAUGGACUGAAAUGACAAACGUGUUCCUAAUUCCUUCUCCGUUCCUACAUCACACGCCGGAUCGCUCUGUAGCGCCAGCAGGGCCCUCCUGUGAUCAUUUUAGGCGGGAGUAAUCCGAUGCAAUCUCCAUACAGACACGUGCAGCGGUAGAUUGGGAAAUUAGACAAAUUUAGAAAUGAGAUAACUCAAAAAUGCUUUUUUUUUUGGCUUCCUGAGCUGAAACCAUUUGAUCCGUCUGGGUGCGGGAAGUCCUAAUCGUCAUCCAGCGUCUGAGCGUUUAACAGGAGCUGCUUUUUUCUGCUGAUGACUGGAGGAGGCGUUAGCUAAACGAACUAGAAUCCACACUGAAAAAAGGGUUUUCAACACAUUCCUUUAGUGUCUGGCUGUUUAGGGCGGCCGACGCGGUCGUCGGCACGGACGGCUGUUUGUGUUUUCAAGGUGAGAAUGUUUUAAUACAAAGCACUCGACUAAAGCCAUUUAAUGUGUGAACGUGGACUGCGAGUGCACCCGAAUAACACCACUGUGUUUAUUUACCGUAGCUCUCGUUUUCUGAUGAAUGAAGAGAUGACGUUAAAUGAAUUCACGGCAACGAGAAAAUAGGAAAGCAUGUCGUAGAACUGUAAAUGUCAUCAGGAGCCUGUUCUUGUUAACCACACACAUUUCUUUUCCCACGAGCAAAUGUCGCUUUACGUAAUAUUUGUUUGACCCUAAAACGAGACUGGUGAAACGCUGAAACCAAGCCAGAAUCCGGAUAUUCCUGCUUGUUUUACGGUUUUUCGUGCACGGACGUGGCGCCUUUGAGCAGCAUCAUUCCAGCCUGGCUUGUUGAUGGGGAACUUUUCAUCACUCUACAAAUAAUGUCCUCUUUUGAAUUGAUGCACGUCUUCAGUUUGUUGCGUUAAGACUAGAAUGCAAACAAUGAAAUGAUCCCCGUCAAGAAUUAAAUACGACGGAGCCCAUUAAGGGGAAGAGGAGGGAAAAGGUUGGAUUUCUCGUACGCGUCAGAUGAUGCCUCAUCCUCGGUAUGGUUGUCCAUAUGCGCCAGAUAGUUUCUUGUCUGCAUGAGAACCCUUUUUAAACCAGUGUUCCUGUAGGGCAGGGGUAAGGAACCCUAGUCCUGGAGAGCCGCUUUCCAGCUUGUUUUAGACGUUUCCCUGCGAGAACGCUCCUGAUUCAGCAGGUGCAGAGCCUGAUGUGCUGCUGAACAGGUGAAUCAACUGUUGAAGCAGGGAAACCUCUAAAACGUGCUGGAUAGCAGCUCCCCAGGACCAGGGUUGCCUACCCCUGCUUUAGGGGCUCAGUGGAAUGCUCAUCAGCAUUGCUGUGGGUCGUGCACCAAGACCAUCUGCAUUUCUAGCCUCUUUGGAGUUUAAAGUUCAUCUUCUAGUUGUUUUACCAUCAGAACAAAGCUUAAAGAGCGACUGUCCAGCAUCAGUGAUGUUUUCUUCCGUCAGGAGCCUCGGUAGAUGUCCAACACCUCAGCUAGGUAAUAUUGCAGCCAUAUCUACACAAAUCAGUGUUUCUACGUUUAAACAUCGUCCGUGUUACGUUUGUAAUUAAUGCAUGGUCGUGGUGUCCAUUUGGAACUUUUACCACUUUUAAAGAUUUUUUUCCUCCCAGAAUUUUAUGUUGUGCCAUUUUUUUUAAUAAUUUUAACUCACUGAAGAAACGACUUUGUUUGCCAGGUUUUUCUGUAGUUCAGGUGUUGUGGUAUAAAGUAACGUCGGAGUUCCACUUUCAAAGCCCAUAUUUAAAACCCCUCGUCUUUGUGUGGUCUUUUGUUGAUUAUGUGAUAGUUGUUAAAUACUCCCGUCUGGAAAAAAGUGAUGAACUAUUCAGUAGUGAGUGUAUAAAUUCUGGCUACGAAACGCGCAGUCAAAGAGGUGUUUAUUUUUGGGGCCUUUUGUUUUACCUGUGACACAGGUGUGCUCAUCUUGGUACCGAACAUGUUCCAAACAUGGUUGCUUUUCUCUUCUGUGAAGCUGUUGUCUUUAUAAAAACUGUAAAUGAUGUUCUGUGAUGUUCCGACACGCUCCAGUGUUCUCUGUUACAGACGUGCUCCUUUGACCAACAUUUGUUUUCCUUAUUAACUGUAUCGUUGCCUAAAAUAUCAACUUGGCACAGUUGAAUAAAACAGUUUCAAAACCUUAA